AUGUCUUCACCUCUAGAAAACCUUGAGACACAAUUGGAAAUGUUUGUCGAAAAUGUGAGGCAAAUUCGAAUCAUCGUGAGUGACUUCCAGCCUCAGGGACAAAGUGUUUUGAAUCAAAAGAUACAAUCAUUGGUAACUGGUCUUCAAGAAGUUGAUAAGUUAAAGUCCCAAGUUCAAGAUAUCCAUGUGCCAACUGAAGUGUUUGAUUACAUUGACCAAGGACGAAACCCACAACUGUACACAAAGGACUGCAUUGAUAAAGCGUUAGCUAAAAAUGAAGAAGUAAAAGGAAAAAUUGAUUCCUACAAGCGUUUCAAAAGCCAUCUCCUGUCCGAACUCUCUAAAACAUUCCCUAAUGAAAUAGCUAAAUAUAAAGCUAUUAGGGGAGGAGAAUAA